GGCACUCUGUGUGACCGGAGCGAGUGGACCAUGUCUGUCAGGACUCAAACAGCAGAGCGAUGGAAGAUUCUAGUUCAUUGAGAUGAACUUUAAUGAAUAAUACUAUAGUCUGGUGAUCUGCAGACAUAUGAUAAACAAUAUUGGCAACCUGGAACUUUAUAUGGACAGAUCUGGAUAAACUGAAGACGCAUUCGGACUGACACUGUGAGGAGAAACCAGAAGACGUAGAGGAUGUUUUUAAAUAAGAAGAGCGGCACUUUACCUCCCAAAAACGGGAAAAAUGGGAGAGCACAGAUUCUGUGGCAGGUGGCCAAGCAGACGAUGCCGUCUCACCACAAAGAGCUCGUGCCCCAGCUGGCCUGGGUGGAGGUCGCACAAAUAACGGAGAAGAAGAAGAAGACAAGAGCUCAAGCACUGGGCAGAAACCCUGCAUCUGUGAGUCCAGAGGUCAUCGUGAAGCAGACGCUCUUCGAGAGAGCCGUCUAUGACCUCGGACACAAGGAGAAGCUCGUGGGUGACCUGACCUUCGGCAGACGGGUCGGCUUCUACGAGCUGCGUGGGGAAAUAGGCAGCGGAAACUUCUCCCAGGUCAAACUCGGCAUUCACCACCUGACCAAAGAAAGGGUUGCUGUUAAGAUCCUGGAUAAGCUGCGUUUGGACAAGCGCUCACAGAGGCUGUUCCCGUCGGAGAUCCUCAGCAUGGAGAGACUCUCGCACCCCAACAUCGUGCGUCUGUAUGAGGUGGUGGAGACGUUUCGCAGGCUUCAUCUGGUGAUGGAGUACGCAGGCGGAGGAGAACUGUUCUCCAGGAUCGCCACCAGAGGACGCUUGUCUGAUCUGGAGAGUAAACUGGUCUUCUCUCAGAUACUGUCUGCGGUGAAACACAUGCAUGACAACAACAUCAUCCACCGCGACCUGAAGGCUGAAAAUAUCUUCUACACCACCACAUAUUGCAUCAAGGUUGGCGACUUUGGUUUCAGCGCUGAAUGCAAACCCACCGAUAUUCUCACCACCUUCUGCGGCUCUCCGCCCUACGCGGCCCCUGAACUCUUCCGGGACAGGGGUUACAUCGGACCUCUGGUGGACAUUUGGGCUCUGGGAAUCCUGCUGUACUUCAUGGUGACGGCCACGUUCCCCUUUAAAGGCUCCAGCCUGAGAAGACUGCGCUUCAGUAUCCUCAGGGGUUCCUACGCCAUUCCCGAUUACGUCCCUGUGGUCUGCCAGUGUGUUAUUAAGGGAACGCUGAGGCUGGUUCCCGCAGACCGCAUUUCUCUGACGCAGAUCAUGUCCAGUGCUUGGCUAAGGGGAAUUGAGUAUCCACAAGCGUACCCACCUGCUUUUCCCACUCCUGCGCACCUGGCCGACCCGUCACGAACACUUUCCAGUGACGAACGGUCGGUCAAGCUCGCGCUGGAGGAGCUGGGCGUCACCGAAACUCACCUGAGGAACAAUGUGGUGGUGGACUGCCGUAGCCCACUGACAGGGAUUUACCGGAUACUUCUGCACCGAAACCAGAGGAGCGGAUCCGGAGAAUCCACGGGAUUCACAACUCUCUGUCACUCCAACACACGCCUCGGCAAGAGAUGCUGGUCUCACCCUACAACCAUCCACAGGAAAGAAGAGCAGUCUGCAUUCUGUGCCAUCCUAUAGACAACAUGAAGGAACAGACAGAGAAAGAUGAUUGAUUAGUUAGGUCUGUUUUUGUUGUUAUUGUUGAACAUUGUAA